AUCCAGACGAUAUAAAAUUAUUUUGGGAUGUCUGGUUAAGCAAGACUAUAAUGCCUGAAAGGCGAAAUGAAUAUUGUCUUGCAAAGGGGUGUGUCAGUUUCGUUAUUUCAAUCUGUUUACAAGACUUCUGAACUAUACAAACCAACAAAUAGAAACUUAUGGGGCUGGUUAAAUGCAAUUUUUAACAGGGUUGACAAUGACAGGAGAAAACAAGUUGGUCCUGACAGAGCAUGUGCAGAAUGGUUAUUGAGAUGUGGAGCAUCUGUUAAAUGGCAGAAUUUCAAUCACUGGGUAAAAGAUUAUAACACGCUACCUGGCAGUAAUUUCAAGAAUUAUCAAAUAGAAGAAAUUGAUGCAUCAGAUUCGGCUGUAAUGGCAGUUGGAUUUCCUCAUUUAGAAGGAUUAAAACAUGUAAAAAGAAUAACUCUUCAUAAUUGUGGUUAUUUAGAUGAUUCAGCAUUAAGUUAUUUGCCCUGUGUUAAAGACUCGUUGAUUUAUUUACAAUUAAGUAGUUGUGGAGAUAUCUCAAACCAGGGUUUACAGCCAAUUCAACAAUUAAAGAAUUUGAAAAGAUUGAAAAUGUUUGAUUUACCGGAAGUACGAAAUAUGCCAGCAGUUAUUGAUGAUCUACAGAAGAAAUUACCCGAGUGUACCAUAGAAUAUAUACCUGAAAAGAAAAAAGGGGAAUAAUUUUGAUACCGGUUUUUAUAAAAGUGCUGUUUUAUGUAGACAUAUGUCAUAACUAACUGAGAUGAAAUGGGAUUUAAUGCCCUACUGUUCUGUUCCAACUGAGCUAAACGAAGACAGGCAUAAUUUCAAUAACGGUUUUGAUAAUAUAUAUUAGUGCUUGUCUUCUAGGGACAGGAACAUACAUGUACUAUCAUCACUAAUUGUGUGAAUGUGAUACAGCACAAAAUUCUCUGUGGAAUGUUUUACAAUUUUUAUGGCUUUUUUCAAACUUGUUCAGAUUUGUUGACGUUAAUUUUAGAGCUUGCUGCUGGUGGGUGUAUUAGAGAAUCUGACAAGACUCUAUGUUUAUCUAUAGAAAUAAUUUAGAAGACUGUAAAAUAAUGUAUUGCUGCCCAGGCCUGUCACCAUAGGAUUUCAGUUCUUUCUUAUAUGUUUAUAUAAAUUAAUGUAAAUAAAAUGUAUUUAAAA